CUGGUCUUGAUUUAAUUACUCGUAAUGGAUUUCAGGAAGGACCCGUGACUGGUUGGGAAGAGGCUGUGCUGCUUGCAAGGGCGCAGUGGUUAUGACCGUGUUGGCCUUGCCGUCCUCCUCCGGUGACUCCUGACUCCUCUCCAAUCACGGCGGAAUCCAUCAAGCCCACGCUCUGCAGGGUUGUCAUCUACCUACAGAAGGAGAUGUCGGGGGACACGUGUCUCACCACCACCCUUUGUCCAGCCACAGGGCCCAAGCCCAAAACUUGCAGCUUCAAAGCGGGCAGCCUGGGGAACAAGUACGUGCGACUGAAUGUCGGGGGCUCGUUGUAUUACACCACGGUGCAGGUGCUGACCAGGCACGACACCAUGCUGAAGGCCAUGUUCAGCGGCAGGAUGGAGGUGCUCACGGACAAGGAAGGCUGGAUCCUUAUAGACCGCUGUGGGAAGCACUUUGGAACAAUUUUAAACUAUCUCCGAGAUGACACGAUUGCACUUCCAAAGCACAGACAGGAGAUCAAAGAGCUGAUGGCAGAAGCCAAAUACUAUCUCAUUCAGGGCUUAGUGGACAUGUGCCAGGCAGCCUUGCAGGACAAGAAAGACUUGUAUGAGCCUGUCUGUAGCAUCCCUAUUAUCACAUCUCCGAAAGAAGAAGAAAGACUGAUAGAAUCGUCAAUGAAACCCGUUGUUAAGCUGCUUUAUAAUAGAAGCAACAACAAAUACUCCUACACCAGUAACUCAGAUGACAACUUGCUGAAGAACAUAGAACUGUUCGACAAACUCUCUCUCCGCUUCAACGGCAGAGUCCUUUUCAUUAAGGAUGUUAUAGGGGAUGAAAUCUGCUGCUGGUCUUUCUAUGGACAGGGGAGGAAACUUGCUGAAGUCUGUUGUACCUCCAUAGUGUACGCAACAGAGAAGAAGCAAACCAAGGUUGAAUUCCCCGAGGCACGAAUUUAUGAGGAAACGCUAAAUGUCUUACUAUAUGAAACCCCACGGGUUCCUGACAACUCCCUGCUGGAAGCCACAAGCAGGAGCCGGAGCCAGGCAUCUCACAGUGAGGAUGAUGAGGGUUUUGAACUCCGAGACAGAGUGCGUCGCAUCCACGUGAAGAGAUACAGCACCUACGAUGACCGUCAGCUCGGCCACUAGCACAUCGGUCCAGGAGAAGGGUUCGGUGUCGAGGCUUGUGUGGAUAUUCUUGGAGGGAGAUGGAGCAGGGAGGGAUCAGUUGGACUCUGGAUUGAUCUUCAUUUGGCUUCUCAGCUCCCUAGAGAAGCAAACGGGCAUUUGUGCGCACAAAGCAACGCUAAAAGCCAAGGGCUUUGAGAACUAAUUUUGCAAAAUGUUAAUUUUGCACCGUGUGCUUUAAAUACAGACUGGCCCCUUUUCAUGCCAUGUGAGGAGAAGAAUUGGGAGCACCCAUUCUGGCAGUUUGUGGUGGCUCUUGCGUAUCUCGUGACUCGCCAGCUCUCUUACUUCCCGUGAGAAGUACUGCUCUUCCUGAAUGAGAUGGUGUGAUUUGAAAAUCUUUUUGCAGAUACCUGCCCUUUUAGGGUUUUGUAUAAUGGAACUUCCAGUUUUUAAAUCAAAAUACAGAAGAGGGGGUGGAGAGAACUUGAACAUGGCCCCUUUUAGCAAACACUACAGCUGAUAACCCCCAGAAGAAAUGGGUAGCUAUCCAAUAGGCAGAUGCACUGCACAUGUGGUUUCUCCCACCUCUUUCCCCCAGUACACAUGCAAAAGUUUGUGUUCUGAGAGACCUGUCUUUAAAACUCAGUAAUUCUAAGGCAAGCUCUUCUGCGGAGGUAAGAGUCAAGUCAUCAAAAAAUCUCCCCUUGAAGAAAUGAGAAAAGUUUGAAAAUAUAUAUUUAUAUGUAAUGACUUGUCUUGGGAGAUGGAGAAAUGGCUGUGGUGAAGGAAGAAACUUCCUCAAGUAAGAAAACUUCAGAGGCAGAUUGUGGCAGGGUUGCCAUUCGUUAGGCUUGUGACAGUGCCAUCCUGUUCAUAUGAACAACAGCAACCUGGGGAACUAGUUUUACAUUCAUUUCCUCCUUUGGCCCAAAAGUGCUAUUUGAUGUUAAAUUUCUCAAGCAGCAGAGGAAAAACUGCAGUGACCAGGGAAGUACAAACUCAGUGCUAGAUAAUGUUCACAUACUGAACGGUGAGUUUGAGUUUCAUGUUCUGAAUCCCUUCUAGAGCAUAGAAGUGGAAAGAGAUAACAGUCAUAAAAACCUUGUUCUAACGUGAAACUGCAAGAGGCUUUGGACACAGGAGAAAUAUAGCUUAUCCUAAAUUUUAAACUGAAAUAAUCACUCUUGUUCUGAGUGCUUGGCUGGGUCCUGGUUGUAAAGGGCCUUUCAGAAGGUUAGAGUCAAGGCUGCUCUGCAAAUUGGGUGUCUGGAAAAAGGUUCAAGUUUAGUAUGAAAAAGUUGUUACUGUAUUUUUAAAUGUGCUUGUAUGUUUCAGCUGUAAGUUACAGGUUCAAACUUUACCACUCCUACAUGGUUAUUACUUGAUGGCUGUUGAUUGGCAGCUAUGGGUAUGUGACAGUGGUAGAACAUGCUCCACAACUGCUUUUAUGUUCCCAUAUUGCACGUGAAUGUGGAAGCUUCAUAUUCCACCAUGGUGAGUCUUGAACUGCUUUCACCAGUUCCAAGUCUACCUAUAAGUUUUAAAGCAAAUUACUGCAAAAGCCUGACAAGAAAAUCAUCCCAAAUUAAUACAGUGAAGUCCGAAGUAGAAUUAAGAUGGUAGAUGGUUUGGUAGUAAUAGAAGCAGAGGAGGGAGGGAACAAAAAAAAUUAUUUCCACUUGCCAAUUAGGCUUUUGAAAAUGACGUUGUUGAGGCUUGGUAAGAAAACACUAAUGGCUUCAAACUUUGAGGAUUUGAUUGCCUUGCCAGACCUUCACAUGUGGCAGGCGCUCACUGAAUUCUCCUCACAUUCAGGAAGUAGUGUUGCCACAGUAAUGCACCUGCCUUUUUGUGAAAGGCCUCUUUAAAAGUCUAAUAACCUCUUUUCUUUUUGUAUUGCUUUCUGUAAGUUGUUGUUUUCCAGCUGGUUGUUCUAUUGUGCCAGUGAAAAUACAGCUGCUGAGAUUAGUUUUGACAAAGACUUUUGUGGGGUUUUUUUCUUUAAUUCUACUAGAGUGUGAUGUGGAUUUUUUUUUAAUAUUUUUUUUUCCCUCCACUGAUACCAUUUAAAUGACACUGUAGUGGGUGCUUUGAAGCUACCAGCAGAGCCUGCAGUGAUAGAGGCUUUGUGCUGCACUUAAUAGCUUUGAUUCAUUCUCUUGGACUUUUUUCAUCUUACAGCAAAUAAGACUGCCAUUUAAAAUUCAUACCUGGCACUUUGGUUUCUUAACAAAUGAUGUAUAUUGUUUUUUUCUUGUUACUUAAACUGUUAACAUUCAUUAUGAUAGUAAGUGAUGCUGGUAGCCUUGCAAAAAUUAGUUACAAGCAGAAAAAUGUCAUCUUCACAUUUCUUUUCUUUGGGGACUAUGGGCAUGGGAAGGAGUAUGUGAAAGAGGAUGAGGGUCAGAUCUGUGAUCUGAUAUUCCAUGGUUAGAUUCUGUACCCCCAGGAUUCACUAUGAUGCUGUAAGAAGCAGAGAAGAGCUUGUGUUUGGUUUAGUUGGUUUCCUUUUCCCUUUUUCCCAUAGCCAACAAGUAGUAUUAAUUUCUGAUUUGAAUUUAGAUUAAAUUAAUCUUGGAAGCAAACUGUUUUGAGAACCAUCUGGGUUGUGAGACUCUUAAAAAGUGUAAAAUAACUACUUGGUAUUUGUGGAAUGUGGAAUAUCAGGAAGAACUGUAAGCAGUUAUGAAUGUUUUUAAAUGUGUAUGGAUAUCCUUUUCAUUUCACCUUCUUUCAGCCCCGUUCAUUCUCCCUUCUCUACCCCCAGUUAGUACUGAUCACAAAACAUCUGCUUUUAGAUUAAGGUACAACUAGAACUGGAAUGGUGUUUGGAAUUAUGUUAAAUGAUGCUUGCCCACGGUGGACAGAUACUCUGUCAGUCUGUAAGCUUUACUCAGAGUAAAAAUCUAAUUGCAUAGACACUAAAGUUUUCUCUAUUCAAAAGAUGUUUCAAAACCAUGAUCUUGAUGUUCUUUGUCUUGGUAAAGUUUUCAGGAUGUGGCUGAGAGGUCCCAGUUCAAUACCCGUGGUUGGGUUUGACUCCCAGUUCUAUAGUUCCCUCCACUGGUGGACAGAUGGGAAUGGGAGAACGUCAGGAAAUCUCUGUGUAGGUGUGUUCUGGGACGUGUGCUACUCGGACAUGCACAAGGCUAAAACGAUUGUCAUAUUAGAGAUCCCUUCCUUAGGUAGGGCUGCUAGAUUUCUGAUAAAAUCCAGAAAGCCCAGAGUUAUUUCUUACUCGAAUGCUCACCUAAUUGGAUAAUUCAUAUGAAGUUUCAGUCAGUCUAAAUGUAAAUGUAGAUGCAGCCAUCACUUGCACGGUUCAUGGGUUGAACGUUUUUCUACUACAAGUGACAGAACACUACAUUUACUCUUAAGAGUCCUGUUUAUCUGGAACUGCUCCAACACAGGAUGUUAAUUCAAUGUCCUUUCCACCAAAAUCAUGGCAUGUUGAUUUAUACAGUCUCAGUACUACCAGGUUCUGAUAAUUUUGAAUACUGUAGUUUUGAUGUAACACAUGCUUCGCAUUCUCAUCUUAAUCGUCCUUUACUUAAUUAAAGGCUAUCAAUUGUUUUGACAAGAACAUUCUAGAAUUUUAGAACAUAUUGCUACAACCUGCUAUAAUGGAGAAAAAGCAGCACUGAAAAGCAUAACGCAGUUUUGAACUGCAGCAUUCCCUUAUUUGUAGUGGGCUGUCCACUUCCAGAGAGAGCAAACGGCUGUGCUUCCUAAGGCUCUUCUCUGCUGCCUUGAAAUAUCACAAAUUAUGAUCCCUAUUAAGACAAUAUAGAUUUCUAAUUAUAUGCAUUUGUCUGCAAUUUAAAAUACCUGCAAUGACUUCCUACAUAGACCAUCACCAAUGGAUGUGUUUGCUGAUGUGCCUGGGAAUUUAUAGUAGCCUUUAGGAGGAAGAAAUGCCUUUUUGCCUCAUUUGUAGUGUAUAAAUUCUAACUGUAUCAGCUAGUGUUCAUUAGCUGCUGCAGCUCUUUUGGAAACCUUACUGUCCUUUCUACUCCUAAAUUUACAUGAACUUUUGUGCAUUCAAGUAUUAUAUUAGCAGGCUGAGAAUGAAUGGAAAAGAUUAACUGUCAUCUCUAUACAAGUUCUGUAAUAAAGGGUUGCACGUUUCCAUGGUGGGGGCCUCACGUCUUGCAAAACAGCCUCAGUCUUUCUACAGAGAAGGAGACUUGGUGCCUUGAGUGAGUGUCUUAUGUUAAACAGCUUUUCAGUAUCAGUGUUAAUUAGGCAAUAAUGUCAAAAGAGAGAGCUCUGCAGGGUAGCAGCCUCCAGCUGCGUGAUAAAUGCCGAGACAAAACCAAAUGUUUAACCUGCACCUUGACAUUUAGUUUUUGGAACAGGAGACAUUUAUCCUAUCGUAAUGUUCCAUUCCAAUGACUUUUUCUCUCUUGCACUUCUUGGUUAAAAUAAAAAAUGACUGAGACUGAGAGCACGUUGGAGGGACUGAUACUAUGGGGUUACUGAAAAGCUGAUUCUGCUUGGAACAGGCAAUGCUUAUUGUAGUUUUGAUUAGAUUUUUAUUGUUCUUGAGGUUUUUUUUAAUUUUCGUACACAAUUCACUCUUGGAAAUACUGAUAAAGUAUAACAUAACCCAAUGAGUCUGGCCCAGCAGUCCUUGUCUUCACAUAAUUAGGUUAUAUCCUCUGACAAUCCUUGGCAUUAAAUCUUUACAGCCCAAUUUCACACCAUCCGUUCUGUUAGGAUAACCGAGGUUUUAUGAAGAGAUGAGUGGGCAUGAGUGCUGUUUCCAACUUUGCCACUAACUCAGUGACAUACAGCAAGUCAGGUUUUUUUGUAUUUGCAUAAUUUUUCCUCUUCUGUAAUAAAAUGGUGGUAAGACCCUCCCCUACCUCAGAGGGAUGUUGAAGCUUAAUUUGUUUAAUAAUAGUAAAGGACUUUGGAUUUCUAUAAUAUUUUGUAUCCAGAGGAUAGCAAGUAUGAUUGCUUAUCUUGUUUAAACUGACAUUCUGUGACCAAGCUGUUUUCUUGUAGCAUCAGGCUUUGUUUUAUUUUUAUGUCUAACUUUUAAGGGUCAGCCUUAUGGAUAAAAUAAUUAGUUAAUGCAGUAAUCAUAUUAGCUGUUGAUUAAAGUGUUUUCUCUUUUAUCAGUGCAUUAAAUGGAAAUGGAACACUAAUUUUUAAUAAAGUGUUAUAUUUUGUCUUCUGUGAUUUUA